ACUGUCCCUGCAGAUGCCUCCAUCUCCAAAACUGCCUGCAGAUGCCUCCAUCUCCAAAACUGCCUUGUUCUCCAGGAUUGGUACCUCAGAGCCAGAAAAAAAAACAGGGUUUCUUUACCAGCAGACAGAUUUAAAUUCUGCACUACAGAUCGCCAGAGCAGAGAUUGUAACGAAAGAAAGAGAAGUCUCAGAAUGGAAAGACAAAUAUGAAGAAAGUAGAGGAGAAGUGAUGGAAAUGAGGAAGAUAGUUGCAGAGUAUGAGAAGACCAUCGCUCAAAUGAUAGGCAAGCCGGAGGAUGAACAAAGAGAGAAGUCUGUCUCCCAUCACACUGUCCAACAGUUGAUCGUAGAGAAGGAGCAAGCCUUAGCCGACCUGAAUUCGGUGGAGAAAUCCUUGGCAGAUCUCUUCAGGAGAUAUGAGAAGAUGAAAGAAGUUCUUGAGGGGUUUCGAAAGAAUGAAGAAGUGCUGAAGAAAUGUGCCCAAGAAUAUUUGUCCCGUGUGAAGAAGGAAGAGCAAAGAUACCAGGCACUCAAAAUCCAUGCUGAGGAAAAACUGGACAGAGCCAAUGCUGAAAUUGCACAAGUCAGAGGAAAGGCACAGCAGGAACAGGCUGCAUACCAGGCCAGCCUCCGCAAAGAGCAACUCAAAGUAGAUGCUCUAGAAAGAACACUGGAACAGAAGAAUAAAGAAAUAGAAGAACUUACCAAGAUUUGUGAUGAACUGAUUGCCAAAAUGGGAAAAAGCUAACUUUUAAUCAAAUUUCUUGACUUCACUGUUGAGUGCAAUAUGACCAUUAGCACACUUAUGUCCAUUCAUUUCUAUGGACAGGUUCUCUUUUCACUUUUUCGUAUGUACUACUGUAUUUUCUUUUUAAACAAAGUUGAUUUAAUUGUAUGCAGUAAUAAGGAGACUAUCAAAAUUUCUUGCUAUUGUUUGCAUUUUCUUAGUAUAAAUUCAUAGCAAGUUGAUCUCAAGUUCCUGUAUCAGGGAGAUUGUCAAAUUCUCUACUAAAAUGACAAAUUGCUGAUCCUAACCUUGCCCUUUAAACAUGAGUUCCCAUGAUGGUUGUUUUGGGGAUUUAAUAUAAACAUGUAUUACUGCACGGGGACUCUUGCCUUAAGGAGUGUAAACUUGACCUGCAUUUGCUGAUUUGUAAGAAAAAAAAAAAAUGCAUGUCUCAAAUCAAAUUCUCUAUUGUAAAUAAAGUUUUUUUCGUUGAAACUUGGAAA